AUGGCAGCCACACCUGACCCAGAGACCAGCUCCACAUGCUCGGAGCAUGCCACGGGGUAUACCCUAGACCAACAGCCACCCCAAGACAUACAGGCUGACCCAGAUGCACUGACACUAGCCACUAAACUAGACAUUAAAAACCUCCUACUGGAACUAAAACAGAUGUCCGCAGCAGAUAUGGCCAUGCUGAAAACCUCAGAGGAGGACAUAAUAGACGUCUAA